AUGGAUAGGUCAUGGGUGCAUGCUGAUAGGAGAUCUCAUGAAUAUAAGUUAGGGGUGGCAGAGUUUUGUCAGUUUGCUUUGGGAAAUGCUAGAGACCCUAACCGUAUUUGUUGUCCUUGCACAAAGUGUGGAAAUGUGAAAGAUUUUUCUGCACAAGUGAUAAAGGAUCACUUGUUUGUAAAUGGGAUUAACACAGAUUAUGUGAAAUGGACAGAACAUGGGGAGGUUGUAGUGGAGUCGGGAUCAUAUACGGAUAGUGAAAGUCUUGAAUCAGAGCCAAUUGAAUCUGACUCUGUACAGGGUAACAUGAGGGCAGAUUAUGAAGUACAAUUAGAUAGUGAUGUGGAGUUGGAAGGUGAUGAGGAUGAGGAGCUUUCGAGUGAGUGUAAUGAAUUCAAGAAAUUUGUUGACGAUGCCAACAAACCCUUGUACCCUGGUUGCAAUAGGCACACCAAGAUGAAUGUGCUUGUGAGGCUUUACAACUUGAAAGCCAAGCAUGGGAUGAGUGAUUCGGCUUACUCGGACUGGUUGAUUGCCUUUGCUGAGUAUCUGCCGGAAGGAAACGAGAUACCUUCCUCUGUGUACGAAGCAAAGAAGAGUUUGAGUGCAGUAGGAAUGGAUUACACCAAAAUACAUGCCUGCCCUAAUGACUGUAUUCUGUACAGAAAACAAUAUGCCGAUGACACUAUUUGUCCUACAUGUGGUACAUCUAGGUGGAAAAUAUGCAAAAACAAGAAAGAAAGAGAGGGAGUCCCCGCAAAAGUGUUAUGGUAUUUCCCUCCUAUUCCUAGGUUCAAAAGAAUGUUUCAAUCAACUGAAACAUCAAAGGCCUUAACUUGGCAUGCCACCGAGAGAAACAAGGAUGGCUUAAUUCGCCAUCCUGCAGAUUCUGCGACUUGGAAGUUGGUAGAUGAAAAAUGGGCAGAUUUUGGUAAUGAGCCACGAAACCUACGACUUGCAUUGUCAUCGGAUGGGUUCAAUCCCUUUAGCUCCUUAAGCAGCAAGUAUAGUUGUUGGCCCGUUAUUUUGGUAACCUAUAAUCUACCUCCAUGGUUGGUAAUGAAGAGGAAACACAUGAUGCUUACCUUAUUGAUAUCGGGCCCUAAACAACCAGGAAACUACAUCGAUGUUUACCUUGAACCAUUAAUAGAUGACUUAAAGCUGCUAUGGGAAGGGGUGAAUGGAGUUUACGAUGCCAUCAAAAAUGAAACUUUUACUCUUAGGGCUCUACUAUUCUGGACAAUCAAUGAUUUUCCAGCGUAUGGUAACCUUUCAGGGAGUAUAGUCAAAGGCUACAAUGCAUGUCCGAUUUGCCUUGAUAAAACAAAACCUACAAGGCUAGUUCACGGGGGAAAGAUGGCUUACACCAUUCAUCGGCGAUUUUUAGGAAGACACCAUCCUUACCGAAAGCUAAGGGCUGCUUUCAAUAACCAGCCAGAACAUGCAGCAGCUCCAGUGCCAUUGACUGGAGAAGAAUUGUUGAGUAGGGUGGAGGCUGAAGUUCCACAUUGGCCGCACUGCCUUGAUGUCAUGCACAUUGAAAAAAAUGUGUGUGAUAGUCUAAUAGGGACGUUGUUGAACAUUCCAGGAAAAACCAAAGACGGCUUGAAAACUCGUUUGGACUUGGUGGAAAUGGGUAUAAGAUGUGGAUUGCACCCAAAUCUAGAUGGUCCGAAAAAGAAGCGCUUGCCAUUGGCAAGCUGGAACCUAACAUUAGAUGAAAAAAGAUGUAUGUGUGGAUCAUUUCAUGGCAUGAAGGUUCCUGAAAACUACUCUUCAAACAUUUCAAACCUUGUUUCAAUGGAUGAUUUGAGGCUGAUUGGACUUAAAUCCCAUGAUUGUCAUGCGUUAAUGCAACAGCUGCUCCCAAUUGCUAUCCGAGGGGUGUUGGAAAAACCGGUCAGGGUUGCAGUAAUCAGGCUUUGCCUUUUUUUUAAUGAAAUUUGCAGCAAGACUAUAGAUGCUUCAAGGCUUCCCAAAAUCCAAAGUGAUCUGGUCGAAACUUUGUGUGAGCUUGAGAAGUACUUUCCGCCAUCUUUCUUUGACAUAAUGAUUCAUUUAACAGUCCACUUGGUUAGAGAAGUUGAGCUAUGUGGACCGGUUUGCUUCCGAUGGAUGUAUCCUUUCGAAAGAUAUAUGAAGGUUUGUAAGGGCUAUGUUAGGAAUAAAACGCAUCCGGAAGGGUGCAUUGCUGAGUGUUACAUAGCUGAAGAGGCGCUUGAGUUUUUAGGUGAACUUUUCUUUGAUGAUAGGACUGUUGGCAUCCCAAAAGAAAACAUCACAGCUGACAAGCCUACCUCUGGUGCAACUGUUGAGUCUGUUUAUGGCAAAGAAUUUCAGCAAGCUCAUCUCUGCGUGCUUCAAAACACUGAAGAAUUUAGAAGCUACUUUUUGGAACACACGGAACAGUUGAAGAGGGAGUUUCCCAAGUACAAAAAGAAUAAAAAGUGGUUGGUGGACAAACAAAACAUGACUUUUGCUCAGUGGGUGAAGGAGAGGGUUGAAUCAAAGGUUGCUGAACCAGGUUGUGACGUCCCUGAGAUUGUGAGGUGGCUAGCAGAUCAACCAAGCCAUGAAGUCCCGAAGUUUAGUGGUUACCGAAUAGGGGGAGUGCAAUAUAACACUAGGUUGCGCGAUGAUCUUAGGUCGACACAAAGCAGUGGGGUUUAUUUGGUUGCUAAGACUCCUCAAGUAGCUAGUGCUAAGGAUAAAAACCCUAUUACUGAAGACAUGAGCUUCUAUGGGGUGAUUACCGAAAUAUGGGAGCUUGACUAUGGUCAUUUUAGGGUUCCUAUUUUUAAGUGUGAUUGGGUAGAGAAAGAGAAGGGUGUUAGAGAAGAUGAUCUUGGGUUCACUUUAGUUAAUUUAAAUAGGAAAGGUUAUCUAAAUGACUGUUUUGUUUUGGGAAAAAGUGUGGAGCAAAUAUUUUAUGUUGAAGACCCUGUAGAUCGUAGGUGGGCAGUUGUGGUGAGAGUCCCAAAAAGAGAUUACAUUGAUUCUGUUAAGGAGGAUGAUGUUGGGGACACCAUUCUUUCCCACCCCCCCAUCGCAACUACAAUGCCAGCUAUUCAGUCACAUGAUAACUCUCAAGAUGAGGGCCAAUGGGUUAUAGGCGUGCAGGGAAUGAGGAUAUAG